AUGUUUUUGGGCGGCCCUGCCCUGUCCUCAGCAUCCCUAGAGACGGGUGGUUUCGGUGCCCCCCGGGGAGCAGACCUGGGCAUGCAGAAGCAGCGGGAGGCGAGCCUAGGGGUCUCUCGCUUCAAAAAGAAAACUGCACGGAAGGAGCGUGACAGUCACUCUGGAGGGCUGAGUGGCCCGCCAGGCGAGGCUUUCGGAACACCCAGCGGCACCAGGCUGGUCGCGGGGCUUAUCGGCCGCAGCUGGCCCGGGGCUGGCGGCUCGCCAGGGGUGGGCGGCAGCGGAGGGCGGCGCGCCGGGCACCCUUCCCCGCGGGGUGUGCGGAGCGAGCCUGGCGGCUGGAGCGCCUCCUCUGCCCGGGGCCGUGGCCCCGGCGGCUUCAGGAGGCGUCGCUGGGGCCCGACACUCUCGGGGAGGGGCGGGGGCGGGGGCGGGGGCGAGCAAAGUCCCAGGCCCCGCAGCCCCGGCGCCCAGCGGCUCGGCCAGAGACAGGCGCAGUCCCGGGCGGAGAUGGAUCCAGAGGUGGGAAGGAUCGCAACAUUCCGGAUCACUGAGACCAGGGAGGACGAAUUUGAACUGGGCGUCAGCAGCAGCCAAGCUAAGGAAAAAAUGAAGAAAGUAAAUUUGAUUGGACCAUUAACAUUGUUUCGAUACUCUGAUUGGCAGGAUAAAUUAUUUAUGUCUUUUGGCACUAUCAUGGCCAUAACUCAUGGAUCAGGUCUGCCCUUCAUGAUGAUAGUAUUUGGAGAAAUGACUGACAGAUUUGUUAAUACUGGAGGAAAUUUCUCCCUUCCAGGUAAAGAUACUCCCUCAUUACUUGGCCUCUGUGGGUCUCUAACAUCAGUGGCAAGUUACAAAUCUCUAACAAGCCUAAAAUCGAAUGACUACCUUGCAAGUCCUACAACAGAGAUGACAAGUCCAGGUCUGACUCCAUCCUGAAAAAUUGUAUGUAAAAGCCAGAAGUUUUUAUGUUGCAAAUAUUCCAUAUACGUAAGUUUG